GCUGCUGCCCAAGAUGCGGCUGGCCUUUGCGCUCUGCGCGCUGGCCGUGGCCUCCUUCCCGGGCUGGGUUCAGGCCAGGGUGGUGGGCCCGGAGGAAGCGGGCUUUGCGGAAUGCAACGGCUUCUUCCUGGCCCAGGCGCCCCCCGAGGGCCUGCCCGGGCCGCCUUCGCACGUCAAGAUCUGCCAGAAGUACAAGCAGGAGCCGCGCUUCGCCACCCUCUACAGCGCGCACGACAAAAUCCCUCUCUAUGCGGCCUUCAAGUACACCGAGGCGGCGCCGAGCGGGGAGGAGGAGAAGUGGCUGGUGGAACCCCAGAUAGAUGACCCCAAAAAUGGCCCGGAAGACAUGAUGCCAGAAGCUGAGAUUGCAAGUUCAGUGGAAAAUCUGGGAGAAAACCAGGCCCUCACAGCAGACUACGUGGAUUCCGGCUAUGAUAUACAACAGCUGAACCCCAGCUCUCUUCAUAAGGGUGAUCACCAGGCAGCCACGUACACACUGACCAACGCUAUCCCUGUGCCCUCAGAUGUCCGGGAAAGCUGGGACUGGGAAGUUAAUAACCUAAUAAGCCGAGCUCUGGCACCCAACUGCGAAAAAGGGAAAGACCUCUAUCUCAUUGCGGGAGCGGUUCCUUCUUCCGCCAAAGUCAAAGACAAAGUUUCCAUCCCCGAGUCUCUCUGGCUGGCGGCCUGCUGCGACGACGGCUCCAAGGCCUGGUCGACGGCGUUUGCAAAACAGGUGGCCGCAGGGAGCCGUCUGAAGGAGCUGCCCUUGAAAGAUCUUGAAAAGCAGCUUCCGGCUGGGGCCCAGUUGUUCAAGGACCACUGCAGCCAGGAGAGGAACGACCUGAAGGCGCAGGAGGCGGUGCAGCAGUCCGCCAAGGAGAUCGAGGCUGAGGAGCCGCAAACGAAGAAGACUCCUUCCUCGUCGCAGCAAACCACCGACACAAAAGACGAGAGCGGCUUCCUGAGAAAGCUAUGGGGUUUCUUCGUCACUCCCAUCUUCAAGCUGGUGCAGUAUUUCUGCAGCUUCAUUUGCCAGCUCGUCCAGUUGAUCAUCAGUAUUCUGUGCCAGGCCGUUCAGAACCUCAUCCAGGCGGUGUGGACAUUCCUCAAAGGGAUCUGCGGCGUGCUGUUGAGCAUCUUCGUCAACCUGGUGCAGGCGAUCAUCUGCAUCCUGAACGGCAUCGCCUCCAACAUCUACGGCGUUCUGAUGCUCGUGUACCGCCUGCUCAGCAUCCCUCUUAAUCUGCUCGUGGAUAUCGUGUGCUUCCCUUUCUACACCUUGGGUGCCAUUCCCAAGGUCCUCCACGACAUCGCCUCGGGUGUCGGCGGCUUGUUUUUAUUGCUCAUCGAUGCCAUCACCAACUUUGCCAAGGGCCUGAGUUACAUUGCUACUUCCAUACUUGGGAGGUGUUUGCCUAAAAUGUCUUCCGAACUCUAAGCAGGGGCCGAAUUGGAAACCGAAUUGCAAAAGAACAACAAUGCCAAAGCAAUAUUCCCCCCCCUCCCUGAUCCGUUCCUAUUGUCUGGCUGCUCCUGUAUGUAUUUAUUGUGCUGACACUGAAACAGUGAUGAACCAAUGUUCUGGUAACAUGGGUGAGCUACUUGACCCUGGAAAGGGGAAUUUUACGGAAAUUAAAAGUCUACUUACGCAUUCA